UCUUAUAUGUUCUCCUCCUUAAACAUGAAUACAUCUAAUAUUUCAGCAUCAUUUAACCCCCAGAGAGAAGCAGACUGAGUAUCUGCAGGGCACUAGGACCCUGAAGAGCAACAGGAGGCUGUUGAUAGCAGAAUGCUUCCACAAGCUAGUGCUGUCACAAGAAUCCAUGUACUACACAACGACUUAAAUUAUAGUUCUGUAAUUGAGACUUAGUCAUGUCUCAGGUGGAGAAGAAAGCAGGGCUGCUGCGGAGGACCUCAUCCUCUAAGAAGCCCUUGAAAGAGAAGGUGGUGCUGAUGUAUGAUGAGAUUUUUGCGAAGGAGGAUCCAGCCAAAAACAACCCUCGCUUCUGGGAUGAACUGUUUCUUAUGAAGGUGAACCUGGAGUACCUGGAGUCUAAGUUGGAGAGCGUAGACGGGGAAGAGGUUCAGCGGAUCCAAGACAACAUCAACUCUCUGUUCCACCACUGUGUUCAGGCUCUGGGAGAGGAGCACCAGAUUAAAGUGGUCAAUGCCCUGCAGACUCUCUGUGCACUUUUCCGAGGCGUUCACCAGAAGAACAAAUCUGCGUCUGGCUUUGACAUCAUCAACAUGCUGAUGGGCUUUGACAAGGCAGAGCAAAGAAUGAAGGACUUGAUGGAGAGACUGGACAGCCUUCUUUGUGGCGAUGGAUCAGAGAGUCUGAAGAGCUUGUGUCUCAAACUGCUGCUGUGUCUCGUGACGGUAACAGACAACAUCAGUCAAAACACGAUACUGGAAUACGUGAUGAUCAACAGCAUCUUUGAAGCUAUUCUGCAGAUUCUGUCAGAUGUGUCCAGUAGAGGGCAGCAUGGUUAUGAUGCUGUGGUUCUCCUGGCCCUGCUGGUCAACUACAGGAAAUAUGAGUCCGUGAAUCCGUACAUCGUAAAGCUCUCCAUUGUGGAUGAUGAGCCGACACUCGAUGGAAUGGGGAUGGUUGUCCACCAAGCUCUGACAGAAUAUAACAGGCAAUACAAAGACAAAGAAGAGGAGAACCAGGGGGGCUUCUUCUCAACCCUCACCAGUAUGGUGGGGAGCAUGUUUAUAGCAGACGCUGAUGAGAAACUCUCUGUACAGACAAAUGAGGCGAUUCUGUUGGCGCUUUAUGAAGCCGUGCACCUAAACCGAAACUUCAUCACUGUAUUAGCACAGAGCCACCCUGAGAUCAACAUCCCAACCACACCCACCACCCCGACUCCAACCACACCCACUACACCACUUGGUACUACGCCACCCUCCCUAGACAUGAUGAACAACCCAGAGCUGCCUCUGGAUCCCAACCUGCAGACCAGUAACCUCCUGAUCACCUUCCUGAAGUACGCCUCGAUUGUAAUGCAGGACACUAAAGAUGAGCAUCGCCUCAACAGUGCCAGACUGUGCCUAAUCAUCCUCACCUGCAUAGCCGAGGACCAGUAUGCCGAUGCCUUUCUUCAUGAUGACAAUAUGAACUUCAGAGUCAAUCUCCAUCGAAUGCCGAUGAGACACAGAAAGAAAGCAGUGGACAAGAACAUCCCUUCUCGGCCGCUGGUGUGUGCGGUUCUAGAUCUGAUGGUAGAGUUUAUCGUCACACAUAUGAUGAAGGAUUUCCCCAUGGAUCUAUACUUGCGCUGUGUGCAGAUCAUCCACAAACUGCUGUGCUACCAGAAGAAGUGCAGAAUCAGGUUACACUACACCUGGAGAGAGCUGUGGUCAGCACUCAUCAACCUGCUGAAGUUCCUGCUGUCAAACGAGACCACACUGCUGGCCAAGCACAACAUCUUUCAUCUGGCCUUACUGGUAGUGAACCUGUUCAACAUGUUCAUAACAUACGGCGACACGUUCCUGCCCACCUCCAACAGCUACGACGAGCUGUACUAUGAAAUUGUACGAAUGCACCAGGUCUUUGACAACCUCUACUGUAUGGUUUUGAGAGUAUCAACCAACACGGGCCAGUGGAAGGAGCCAGCCAGCAAAGUCACACAUGCACUCGUGAAUGUUCGGGCCAUCAUCAACCAUUUUAACCCCAAGAUAGAGUCGUACGCCGCCGUGAACCACAUCUCCCAGCUGUCAGAAGAACAGGUCCUGGAGGUGGUUCGGUCCAACUACGACACACUGACCCUCAAACUGCAGGAUGGUUUGGACCAGUUUGAGAGAUACUCGGAGCAGCCCAAAGAGGCUGCGUUCUUCAAGGAACUGGUUCGCUCCAUCAGUCUGAAUGUGAGAAAGAAUGUCUCUCUGAACACGCUGAGUCAGGACAUCUUGCUCAGAGAGUUCUCCACCAUCUCCUGAGACACACACACACACACACACACACACACACACACACACACACACACACACACACACACACACACACACACACACACACACACUCACUGAGCCUUCUCCUCUCUUCAGACGGACGUGGACAUUUAAUUUUUUUGUGGGUGUGGACAUGUACACAAACUCUGACACAUACAUCACAAACACCAACCACUCAGUACAAUCCCCCGUUUCUCUCUCUCUAUGAUUCUUCUUUUGUUCCUCCGCCUCCUGAAGACCGAGCGAUGGAAACUCCUUCACGCAGACGGACACACUGACGUGCUGGAUGCACCUUAAGAGAAGACCCGAAACUCAUCAGACUUUACACGUUUGUGCUGGUUCAUACUGUAUGUGUGUGUGUGUGUGUGUGUGUGUUAACUUCAAGAAAGUGCCCGUGUUGCACUGGUUUCUCAUGUGCAAUCUGUAGUACUGGCUGGACUGUUAAAAAUGGACUCCUGAAGGUUUUGGUUUGGAGUUGGAGAACACAAAUAUUUUAAACAGUUUCAUCCUCUCGGCCUCUGACGACGAUGAUGAAGACGUCGGAGGCUUCAGCUGCCAACAGAGCAGUUUAUGAUUUCCUCUCUUUUGAUUCUUUUAGAAGAUUUAGCCUCUCAUAGCACAUUAUUUCUGACUAACAAUCUGUCCUGAUGACCCUGAGCCUGUCUGAGUCUGAAUCGUCCGUUCGGGUCGUGGCAUUAACUCUGAAUGCUUUGUGAGUGAAUGUUAACUCCGUACGUGUUCAAAUGUAAAAGUAUUUUGUAUUUACGUGUUCACUGAGGGGAAGGAUGUUUUGAAAAGUGAUUAAUCUGAGAAUGCUUUGAAGUAAUGAAAUCCAUUAUCGUUGUUGCAAUCCUUUGUUUUUUUAAACAAAGCCACUACUUACACCCACCAUCUGCAUCUCUUCACUAGAUAUAAAACUGAAGGUUGUUAAAGGAGCGGUUAGUUCAGUUUAUCUUUCAAUGUUAGUGAGGAGAGAAGAUUGGUACAUCCAGCUGCUUGAUCUCAUCCUGGCUGUCCUUCAAUAUUCAAAGUGCUUAUUUUUGACUGGAAACAGAUCUAAAUUAUGCAAUUCUUCAAGUGUUGGGUCUCAUUCUUUUGUCUUUAACUCCUGUAGGUAUAUUUAUGUUUCUUUUUUAAAUAAAGGUUGCUUUCCUGAUAUGAA